ACACACACACACACACACACACACACGGCCAUGAGCAAAGGAUACCAGCUCUGCGUUGUCCGGAUAACCCUUCUCCAGGCUUCCUGGAGCUCCCUGAAAAUAGCACCAGCACCCAAGCUCAGCUAACAGAUUGCUGCUCUCCUUUGUAUCGCCUGAGAUACAGGACCACAGCUUCCUUUCGGAAACAUCUAAGCUCCUGGCUCAAGGCUCACAUCCCAUGUGGUGGGUCAAGGAGGCAGACUGGCCUAAUGGUUAAGAACAGGUCAGCUGACCCAGGUCUCCCAAGUCAAGCGACCUGGGUUCAAAUCCCAGCCCUGCCAUUUACGCCUGGUGUCCUCUUUAGGAAAAUGGUCGCUGUGCCUGUUUCCUCAACGAGAAGAUGGAGAUGAUCCUAGCGCUCACCUCACAGGACGGGCAGAAGAAUUAAACCAGACAUCACACCAAAACCAUUUAGGAGGGUACUUGACAGUGCUAUAGAAGCCCUAGCUGUUGCUCUGGACCCUUUAGGGAAGGAAAUGGCAAAGAGAAGACACUCGGAGGUCAUGGGCUCAAGGACCGGACAGACUAGGUUCCUGCUGGAAUUCUCAGAGUCGCUUUUGAUCCUAAAGUCCAGGGGAGCAGAGGCUCUGACUUGUCAACCAUUAUGUCCUGUGCAGACAGUGUGGCCACAGCAAACAGGUGUUGGAUGGUUGAAUCCAUUGCUGUGUCAGCCAUCUCCCAAGGGAGCCUGGGGACUGAAAAAGCAGAAGAACCUACAGGGAAGCAUGGGGGGAAUCCAGUUCUCUUCACUCUCUGGUCCCAAAGAGAAAGGGCACAGUGCAAGGACUUGGUAGAGGACGCAGUCCCAGCAUCCAGGGACGGGGAGUGGGUGGUGCCCCAGGACUGUGUGGACUGUUACAUCACCCCUGGGGUGGACUCUCCUAGCUUCGUCCAGCUGGAAAUUUCUGGGUUCUUGGGGACCAGCCCGGACACAUGCCUUUCCCUAAAGUCAUCCUGUUACAUUCCUAUCUCUUCUUCAUGUCUAGACAGUGGGUUAAAGAAUGCCGAGACGGCUUCUGGGUGCCCACUGUUUUCCAAGGCCCAAUGCCACAGUCAGGGGCGAGUCCAGCUCUGCAGAAUCAAUAAGUGCCCAGCAAAGACUUCCCAUCACACCUCUGCCUGGGGACUAGUCAUCAUUCAGAAGCCAACUCAAAUGUCCUCUUCUCUCUGAAGCCUUCCCAGCCACCCCAACCUGGCACCUUAUCUCUGGUGUUCUAUGACCCAGGCUAGAUCACUGUGGACAAAUAACAUCACUGCACCCUCAGCGCCCACACACCAUCCCAGACACAUACUAGGCGCUCAAUGUGUGCAAAUGAAUACCGUAAUGCUUUCUGAAUAAUAGCAACCAAUUUCCUCAGUUAAUCCUCUUGUUGACACAUUAAAAGACACAGAAGAGGCUAAAGCCGUCACUUGUGUAACCCGCAGACACCAAAGGGACCCCCACUGAGAGGCUCCUCCUUCCAGUCCUCUGGCCUCCUCCCUCAGCCCUGGCUGGCAGGAGGACCCCCAAGGCUCGCUGCCCACACUGGGUCUGCCCCCCUACUGCCUCCCACCCCAUCUCUGAAUUAUGAAGAAGGACGACAGACAGCCCAGUGAAGUCACUAGGCUUCCAGAUCAGUUUGAAGAGGGCCUGUGUGGACACAGAGAAAGUUCAGAGCUUUGGGGGAGCUCUCUGCCUUUCAGCCUCUGCAACUCAGAGAGAAAGUGAACCGAGCUUUGAGAGACAUCGAGGAGGCUGAUCAGGUCGCCACCUCCGACUCCCCGCCCAGGUGUCCCGCCUCAGCUCGAAGGCCCCAGCGAAGCGGGGAGAUGCUGACACCCAUCUAUCUUGGCUUCUCCAGCCUUCAAGCCUACCUCCUCGGCAGGUGAGCCCCCCGGAGCACUGGCCGUGGCCGCAGACACUCUCCCGCCGCCGCCUCUGGUUUCUGUCUUUGGCGAGGUGGGGGGUCGCCACCUCCAGCCGCGGGGAGGGGCGUGCACCCCUCCCCCAGACGCCCAAACAGAACCAGUCUCCACCGCCGCAGGCGCGGCGUGUUUACAAAGUCGGCGCCGCGCCGCCAAUCCCGAGUUUAAAGCUGGGCAGGAAGUGGGGAAGGGGGGGCGGAGGAGACAAAGGGGCUGGGUGCUCUGCUCAACUCAGGUUUGGGGCCCGAUUUCUCCGGGUGGCUCACCCCGCGCAGCGACCCCGACCGUCAGACCUGCCCCCUGUGCCCCAGGUGAGGGGACCGGGCGCCCCCCACGCUCAGGUGCGCGCGGCGGGGCAGGCGUGGCGCAGGUUUCCCCGACUUCUGCAUGUGAGCGUUUUCUGCUCAUCCACUCGCCACGCAAGAAAUAAAUAACAUUAGGCGCUGCUUCUUGACCUCUUACUCUCAGUCUGCACAGUGAUAAACUCUGUGUAUAUUAGCUUAUUCCCUCCCCCGCGGCUACCCAUCCCACCCUAAUUUCACGAAAGAGGAAACUGAGGCAAAGUGAGGUUAGGUAAUUUGCCCGAAGUCCCACAGCUGGCGAGUGCUGAGAUUCAAACCCAGCCUCUGCGAGCUGCCGGGCACCCGCAAACGGAGACAGACGAGGCGCGGUGCAUGAAGGACCCCCAUCCAGAGGGGCUGACCCGCGAGUGAACCGCAGAAAACCACAGGCACUACGUAGACUCCACGGCCUGGGAGUGAGGCAGGCACCGGACAGCCUCCUACCGCCGACGCCUCCCGGCUCGCCCCAAAAAUACCUGAGGGUUAAUUGAGGGCGAGAAGGCAGCCGGAUGCAGUGGCACACCUGGAUUACGUGACUGCUGGCUCUCGUUCCAAGUGGGCCAUUGGCUGGCUCUGGGUCCGUCAGCACAAAACAAAGCUUCCCCAAAUAUCCAGGCUCAGGAGACUCACUUGGAGAACUUAAGAAUACAGAUGCCCAAGACCCCUCCUCCAGAGAGUAAAGUCACGGGGAUCCGCCGGACCUAGCCAGGUGUGGCUAACAAUCAGAGAUCAGGAAGUAAACAGUCCACUAACCCUGCUGAUAACUACCAUCUGGCCCGGAGGCGAACUCUGCAAGUGGUUGUGAGCUCCCUGUUAACAGAGGCAGGGUUUGAGAGCGCUGAGAAAGCAUCUGUGGAAACACUGACAGAGAUGCUGCAGAGCUACAUUUCAGAAAUUGGGAGGAGUGCCAAGUCUUACUGUGAGCACACAGCCAGGACCCAGCCCACACUGUCAGACAUUGUGGUCACCCUUGUCGAGAUGGGUUUCAAUGUGGACACGCUCCCUGCUUAUGCAAAACGGUCUCAGAGGAUGGUCAUCACCGCCCCUCCAGUGACCAAUCAGCCGGUGACCCCCAAGGCCCUCACUGCCGGACAGAACCGACCCCACCCGCCGCACAUCCCCAGCCAUUUUCCUGAGUUCCCCGAUCCCCACACCUACAUCAAAACUCCGACGUACCGCGAGCCCGUGUCGGACUACCAGGUCCUGCGGGAGAAGGCUGCGUCCCAGAGGCGAGAUGUGGAGCGGGCCCUCACCCGUUUCAUGGCCAAGACCGGCGAGACCCAGAGUCUUUUCAAAGAUGAUGUCAGCACGUUUCCACUGAUCGCCGCCAGGCCUUUCACCAUCCCCUACCUGACCGCGCUUCUUCCCUCUGAGCUGGAGAUGCAGCAAAUGGAAGAGACGGAUUCCUCGGAGCAGGAUGAGCAGACGGACACGGAGAACCUCCCUCUUCACAUCAGCACGGAUGAUUCUGGAGCCGAGAAGGAGAACACCUCCGUCCUGCAGCAGAACCCCUCCUUGUCGGGGAGCCGGAACGGGGAGGAGAGCAUCAUCGAUAACCCCUACCUGCGGCCCGUGAAGAAACCCAAGAUCCGCAGGAAGAAGUCCCUCUCGUGAGCUGAGAAGGAAGCCUGCCUUGUACAAAGACACAGACACCACCCUCCUGGGGGGAAGAAAGGGUGGCUGCCUUGGGGUCCAGCUGAGGCUGCCAGGCUCUGACCGGGCAUGAUUUUAAUAGCAGACUCUCUAUUAAGAUUACCUGUUUUCACUGGAUAUUUGGGUUGAAGAAGACACGAUAGUAACAAUGAGGCUUUUUUUAAAUUCACCAGGCUGUACCCUGGGGCAUAGGAGCAGCCAGUGACUUCAUUUAUUAUCAUGGGAUUUGAUUCUUUGAAACCUGGAUACCAGGGGAGGUGCCGGGAAAGGAAGGGCUUUGCCUCUUUUGCUCACUGCCAGACAGACUGGUGGCUUAGUUUGUAUUUCAAGGCACCUGGACCCCUUUUAUCGACUGACAGUUUGCAGCACCAAAUUAUCCUAGAACAACCGCUCCUCCUCUCCUCACCUGGGCUCCAAGGGCCCUGUUCCGCUGAUCGAAGGUGACUUUCCCUCCUUUAACAUGUUGGAAACAGGAGACCCACCCUUCAUAGCCUGUGGGGCCGGCAGGAGUCAGGAGCAGACACGGUCACGGUCACGUGGAGGAGGCUGAGGCAGGAGGGCGGCAUUGCCUCCCAUCAGCUUGUGAUGAGAGCUCCCUGUAGCAGGGCAGCGCCCUCUGCCGAGAGUUGUCCCUUACUGUCCCUCUAGGGAGCGUGUGCUUGGGAACGACCAAGUCCUGCCCCAUCCCAGGAAAAGAGGUUUUCUUUGACAAGAGCCUACACCAGUGGAUAGAUCAUGCUGUGACUUGACAGAGGAAUCACUGAUUUUACACAGUAGGAAAAGGAUUUGAUGGGGGUGGGUGGGGGGUGACAGGAGUGAGAUUUUGAAGGCCGGGUUUGGCCUCAUGUUCUGAAAGCCAAGAGACCUGGCUGGUCUGUUGGGCGGCCGGCUGGCUGGAUGGCCAUGUGCCCACUGACGGCAGAAGGGGGCUGAGAAGAGCCUGCAGGUCUGAAUCUGUCCAACCUCCUUGCCCCCUGGGAGAGAAGACUUCAUCCUUGAUGCACCCUCCAAACCAGAAAAGGAAGAUGCUGGGCAAGUGGGUACUUUUUAGCUCCUCUCCAAAGGAAGAGGUUUUAAAACCAAGUCAGAGGAAGAAAAAUGCCAGUGACAGCUGAAAGUUAACGUGGCGUAAACACCAAGUUCCCUGGGUCAGCGCCCUAAGGACCAUGCUGAGCUCCCUGGGUACUCGGCUUCCACAGUCAUCUCUUAAUCUUCUGUCCUCCUGGCAAAUUUGAAAAUUCAAAAAACCAAGCAGCUUGACAGCAAGUGCCACGUCCCUCUGGCCUCAUUGUCCUCUGCGCACUUCAUCCCGCUGGCCAGAAGGAAGGCGCUGCUCGUCAGUAACUGAACAGGGGAUGCCGACGGAGAAAACUGGAGUCCCCAGCUCCGCACCAAAUAAGAGAUUUUCCAGUUGGUAGUGACCUGCCCCUCUUGCAGUUGAAAGUAAGUCCGCUUGGGCCUAUGCUGCACCCUCCACGUCUGGCCUUUGGCUCUUGGUGAGGCUUGGCCUGAUGUGUUUAAAUAACGGCCCCAGGUUUGAGCCACGGCAGGUACAGGGCUGAUACUUUCCCGGCUUGCUGCUCUCAGCCGCUCUCCGGAGCCGUCCCCCCAGCAGCUCCUCCACGACGCCCGUCGAAUGCUGUUAUGCUGAAGGAUGAGGGAGGACGUGGAAAAGAAGUGCCAUUUCUGCUGCUGCUGCUUCAGAGGCCACCCUGUUCUGGAUGAGACAUGGGGAGAUGGUCAGACAGCCUGCAACACUGACGUGACUGUUGUGUAAAAACGCUGCGUAAUCCUCAAUGUAUAUUUAUAUAUUUUUAUUUUUUAUAACUUUAGGGGAAUGGGUGGAGGGGAAAAGUAGUAAACAGAGCCAGAUUAAGAAUGUGAUUUAUGAGCGCUUAAUAAAGGUCAUAAUAAAAAUCCUAAGUGAAACAGAA